UCUUUCCAUUGAAGUACUCAAGGUUUCACUGAAUAAGCUGUUGUGUAAACAACUUUUAAUUGUUUGCUGCAUUAUGCUUAGGCUAUCUCUACUGCUUCCCGUGGUUUUAACUGCCUUGAAGCAGGCAGUUUCACAGGGAAAUGGAUCUCUCUUUAUCUCUGAAGAAGAGGUCUUCAAGAGAGUAGUGGAUCUCUUGGUCCCAGGAGAAGACACGUUGAGCGAGGUGGCUUUCACCUCAUUAAUACAUAUCUUAGGGAACCGUGUGCAGUGUUCUGAGGUGCCGUGUGAAGAGUGUUUCUCGGUAGACGAUUUUUUUGAACUCGUCAAGAAGAACAGGAAUGACACCAAAACACUGACGUCCGUUGACUUUUUCCGAAUCACUCCCGGACUGCUGCUUUUCCUGAGCAACCCACAUAAAGUGUGCAAGGUCAUACAGUCUGGAAGGUGGGACAAAGCAACACUGGCAUUCACAGAGAGCCUGAUGAUGAAAGGUAACAUUAACCAAAUCCCUGACUCCACCCAUCACCCAGUAGAAGAGGUAGUGGAGAAGGUACUGGAGGCAAUACAGAGGAACUAUCUGGCAGUGGCCAAUGAUCAGCCCUGUGUCAAUGUGACUCAAAUCUUAGGCGAGUCUGAUCUGGGUUCUAAUGGAAUGACCGAAGAUGACCUCAGUCACUUUUCCGCUAUUGUGCUUUACCAUGUGCUUCGAGGAGACUGUAUACUCCAAUACUUAUUGCCAGGCCCGGAAUACUUUCUCGACUUUAUCUUUCACAUGUACCAUAAUGACUUGGCAAACAUCACCAGAGCAGAUCUUGAAGACUUGAUGAAUAAAAUUGGUCUGUCUCAGAAUAAAGAUGAGGUUUCUGCGGCUCAUGACCACGAGCAUGAGCACCAUGAUGAGCAGGAUCACAAGAAUGUGCCAUCUAAAAGUCUGGGGAAGGAGGAUGCCAACAUGACCACCAAUAGCUGGGGCAUGAAAUGCUUUAGCUCCAGUGAAAUAAUGACGAUCUAUCACGUUCCAAUCAGUGCAACGAUUUCCCGCCAUGACUUUGUUCAGCUGAGUCCUGCGUUAAUCCAGCAACUUCUGAGCCAGGCCUGCACCAGAAACCACCAAGUUGCAACACAUAACAAAUUUCAGCUGACCGUUGCUGAAAGAUACAUUUACGGAUCGAUUGCAACAUUGGUUGUGAGUCUUUGUGCCGUGUUUGGGAUUGUGAUAGUGCUGUUUACCUCCUGCACUAAUGCAUAUCAGUAUGUCAUACAAACCUUCAUCAGUCUGGCAGUGGGGUCACUAACUGGUGAUGCUGUGUUACAUCUCAUACCCUCGUUACUUGACUUACAUUCUCACACUGAAGGCCACACAUCCCCUCACACCUGGAAGCUGCUGGCUGUUCUUGGAGGGAUCUAUGUUUUCUUCCUGUUGGAGAAGUUAUUCAACAUAUUAGUUAAAGAUGAUGAUGACGAACACGAUGACCAUCACUGUGACCAUGUGCUGGCCCUUCAGGCAUUUAAAGAAGGGCAAAAGAACAAACAGAAGAAAAAGCAAACAAUAUCCCAGGUGGAACUGACAGCCUCUGAAGCAUCCCUGGAAACUGAUUCCUGUCAACAUUCCAAUAAAGGGUUGAGGGUGCUUCCAUAUAUGAUAGUGAUUGGUGAUGGUAUCCAUAACUUUGCAGAUGGGCUGGCUCUAGGAGUAGCCUUCUCUGUCUCCUGGAAGGCAGGACUUGCCACAACGCUUGCGGUCUUAUGCCAUGAACUUCCUCAUGAAAUGGGUGAUUUCGCAGUUUUGUUGCACUCUGGUCUUUCGAUGAAGAAAGCUGUUCUCCUGAACUUUGCCAGUGCCUUGACUGCCUUUAUUGGACUCUACAUAUCAUUAGCAGUUGCAACAGAUGAGGCAGUACAGCAAUGGAUAUUUACUGUAGCGACAGGACUCUUCCUAUACGUUGCUCUUGGAGAUAUGCUCCCAGAGUUGAUGCGAGCAAAGAGCAAAAAUCCUUGGAUUCUAUUCCUUCUGCAAAACGUGGGAUUACUUGUCGGUUGGGUCAUCCUACUCUUAUUGUCACUUUACGAGAACCAAAUCCAAUUUGAAUAGAGCAAGGACGUGCUUUACUCCAAACAUGUAUCUGUUGGGACAGUUUGUGUAGUUCUCUUUUUAAUCUUCACUUCAGCACAGUGGCCUGUGGUUGCAAAACUGGUGGAUUGAAUGCACUUAUUGAGUAAUAUUUCAUCAGCUAACUCAAUUUAUAUAUUUUUUAGAAGUGGGGCAUAAAGAUAAAGGCAGAGAGGCUGCCACCCAUAGUGGGUAAAACAUCAGUGAUGUCCUCAAUGAGCAAAUAAUUAAAUGCCUAGAGAAACAGGGGAUACCAAGAGGAAGUCAGCAUGACUUUGUGGAAGGUCGUUUACAUCUGACAAACCUAUUACAGUUCUUCAAAGUAAUAGUAGAUGAAGAAAACUGAAUAGGCAUUCAGCAUUUCCAGUUUAGCAAAGCGUUUGCCAUUGUAAAUUUACUGAAAUGUAAAAAAAAGGGUAACUGUACAAGGGUGCUGCAUUUUUAUGUGACUGGGGAUCGGUGCUUGAGAUAUCACGUUUACAGCAUGCAACUCUAAAUGAUUUUCUAAAUGAUUUUUAUGAAAGAUUUUAGAGACAGAUAUAUGGCAAACAAAGACUCAGCUCUGAGUCAGGGAUUAUGGGACGCUAGAGGAGUGCUAAACUGUUGGAGGUGCCGUCUCUCCUCUCAAGCGGACGCAAGAAAUCCCACAUUAUUCCAAAAGGGAGCCAGCUGGCUGAUAUUUAACCCUCAACCAACAUCACUAAAAAAACAAUGAUCUGAUGCUGGUGAUGGGAUCUUGCUGUGUGUAAGUGUGGCUGCUGUGCUUCCUAAAACAAUGACUACACUUCAAAAAUACUUAAUUGACUGUGAAGUGCUUUGGGACAUCCUGAGGCCAUGAAAAGCUCCACAUAAAUACAAAUUUCUUACCUAUAAAACGGAGGUGGGUGCUCUUAAUGGGCAUAUGAUCUCUUAAAGCAGGUUGUGCUAUGUUUCAACAAUUGCUUGGAUUGGCCUUUUCUAAAUUUGCACUAUUUUCCCACUAGUAGUAAUUGGCAGGAAUAUAGGAAAAGAGGAAGCCAGUCAGCCCUUGGGGUGUGCUACCACUAGAAAUAAUGUGGCUUUACAAUUAGCAUGAGUGAUAAUAAAGAGAUGCUCAGUGUUCUGAAGUAUCAGAGGUAGAGUGGGUAUCACCGAACUCAGUGGACGGAACCUUCCAGUCCCGCCAGCAUUGGGAACCUUGGUGAGCAGGGUAACGUAAUGUGUCGGGAGACCAAAAAUCAGCUUCCUGAUAGUGGGAUGAACUUCAACAAUCAAGUUCUCAGGACUUUAAAGGUGGGUUAAAGGAGGGCUGAGCUUCCAGAUGUUGGAAAGCCUUUUUGGAUGCAUUAAUAUGACAUACAUAGAAUCACAGAACUGUUAUGGUGUAGAAGGAGGCCAUUCGGCCCAUUGUGUCUGCACCGGCUGUCUGAACAUUUUAAUUUAGUGCCAUGCUCAUUAAAAGACCACCUUGUCAGAAUUAAGUUCCCCCUCCAAAUUAAGUUCCCUGCCAUACUGAAAUUAGAAAGUUCACAUUCACAACUGCGCAUAAGUGGUGUGCGCCAGGUGAGGUAGAUUAACGGUGAGUUGCCGCUGCAUUGUCCUCUUUGGUAGCAUCUGUAAAUGCCAGACUAUGCUUGAGACCAGGAGAUGGCAGUGGAAGUUGCAUGGAGGAUGAUCAAGGAAGGGAGGAAGGGAUAGCGAGGAAGGGUGGAGCAGUGGCCGGGCAAAGGUGGAAGAGAUAGCGCAGGCUAUCUGGGCGCCAUUUAAAUAUGACACCCAGACCUCCAAACCCCAUGAGGUAACAUGAGGCUAGGAUGGUGACUCCCUGCCCAUCCCACCGUGAGAAUCGCCGAGCUCCUUGUGGAUGUCUACGUAAUGAGCUGGACAGUGCAAGAUCACACGUGGUCAAACUUCCACAGAGCAAAAUCACUCUCACUGCCUCGCCCGCCACUGAACUUAGACCCCAGAAUGGAAGAUUCCAGCCAGUCAAGGAGGUGGCUGGACAAACUGUACAGCGAGCAUGAUGAUAGUUCCUGACCAAUGUUCGGAGUUCCCUUUCAUGGCCAGCAAGAUGUGACAGCGAUAACGCCAACUGAAGUUGCUGUUAGGCCACCUGCACAUUAGCUAACCCAACUCUCAGAGCUAUUCACCAAUGAGCAGAGCUUAAAUUGUGUGUUUUCAGAUGGACAGCGCAGGACUCCAAAUAGCCAAAAAGGCAGUCCAAACAACCACUCCAAACAACUACUGUGCCUAAACUCCAGGCAAUAAUUAUUUAAGUUGACCACCUAUACAUUAAGUGAUAUUGACAGGUAAUGUUAUUUCCACUGGGACCGACAAGCUGUAAAUUUUCUGUCAUAUUGAGGGUGCAACACUUUAUAACCACAUAUGAGUAUUUAAUCUAUAUAUGUUGUGAACUUAUCUUUGUUAUUGAUUUGGUUAGUCACUACAGAGAGGCAGUGUUUACUUUUCUGAAGAGUGCCAUUUUAUCUCUCUA